AUGAUAUCUAUACGGUCCCUAUGGCAUGGGGGGAGGGCGCCGAUGGUGGGGAAGCACAAGAAAGCUAAGAUCACGGACGAGUGGGUGAUUUCGGAAUACAGCUCGGUGCUGACUGAUGAAGGUGGGUGCGGAGCGGUGACAGCGGGUUACAGAGCACUGAAGAGAUUCGUCUUCGUUCUAACCAACAGCCCCGCCCUGCUCUUCACAUGUGUGCUCGCUACUAGAAAGCACUCAAUCGUUUCCUCUCUAUUCCCCCGCACCUUGCCCGAGCAGGAGAGCGCAGAGCAGAACCACAUGUGUGCUCGGUAUGAGAAGGCUCUAGACUCCUUCCUCUCGGCACCAACCACUGCAACAACACAAGCCUUGGAACCAGGGGCAGCUGUUGAACCGGAUCUGCUGCUUGUGUUUGCACGGAAGAAGCAGAUACCACUCAAUCCAGAUGCAAUGGAGGAGUCCAGAUCUCAAUCCAAGUCUCGACCCCCGUGGCUGCAGUGGACGCUCGUCGCUCAACUCGCCCUGCCCCCGCUCACCCUCACCACCGCCAUUCACGAAUUUCACGACCCUACAAUCACAGCGACUAGCACAGCUGCUCAACUGAUAGAAUACACAGGAGCUCUUGAUGGUGCUGGAGACACAGCAGGGGCUCUUGAGGAAGCGACUACAGCCGGAGCAGCAGAUUCUGCUGCAGGAACGGCGGAUGCUGCUGGGAGGGCUACCCCUGAUACUGUUUCUGAGUCGACUAAAAAAACGGCGGAUGCUGCUGGGAGCUCUACCCCUGAUGCUCCUGCAAACCCAGCAGGAGUCUGGUUGUCAAAUCAGAAAAUGGAUGAGCACAUGCAGAGGUGGCUGAUGGGGCGGAUAUUCAAGAGAGCGUGGAGUGACGUGGCUCAGUGCGUUGCCUGGUAUCGACCAGACCUGGUGUUUACCCGCCAUCCAGCUUUUGAGGUCCGUUAUGAACCACAGAAGCCUUUUUUCCAGCGCCUCUUCCCAGAGCUCUUUCCUUCGGCUCUAUCACAAUCACAAUCACAGUCACAGUCACACGUCCUUGUGAGCAACCUGAAGCAGGCACUUGGCCUGCCAGCCACCGCCACGCGCGCUGCUGUGCUGGCAGCAUACGAGGCCGCCACGUGGCGGCAGCAGGCCUCCAUCCUGCGCCACGUGGCACGCCUCCAGCUCAGCGCUGACUGGGACUUGCUGGGCCUGUCUGCUGCUUCAACAGGAGGAUAUACUGUGACAGGCGAUGGUGACAAUAGGAGUGGUGACAAUAGCGAUGGUGAUAGUAAUGAGGAUGAAUGGGGAGAGCAGGAUCAGAUGGAGGAGGAUGAAGACGACAGGGGAGAGAGCGGAGAGGAGGGAGAGGGGAGGGAUUUAGAAACGGAGGAAGGGGAGGAGGAAGAUGAGGAUUUGGUGUGGUCAGAAGCAGAGGAGCAGAGAGCAUUAGCUCGAGAUGCAGAGAUGCUGAAGCAGCAGGGGGGCCAAGGAAUUACUAGUCAGGGACUGUUGGGUGAAGGUUUAACUGGUGGAGGUGACAUUGACGUUCUUGCUGGUGGUGCUGCUGCUGCUAAAGCUGGAGUUGCUGGCAAGAGUGAUAAUGAUGGCUCAAUUAGUUAUGGUGGUGACGAGUUGUCUGUAAUGGAGCGGACUCUAGUGAGGAAAAAAGAGGAGGCAGCUGGGGAGGUGAAGGCAGCAGUGGGGCCGUUUGAUUCAGUCAGGCUGAUUGGGGAGCUCACGCUGUUGCAUGCUAUUGAGAGUGGAGAGGAGACAUUCUGA